CUUCGCAUCAGCUCCAAUUAAUUUAUCGGCUACUACGAUCGAUCGCCAUUGCUUCCCUGGCAUAUCAGCCACAAUUCUCGAGUGGAAGACUGCGUGGUCGGCGAUGGCACCAGUUGGGCGGUGGCUCGUGCCUUCCUUUUCUUCUCUUCCUUCUCGCUAUUUAUAGACCCGCCGAUCGAUCGUAGUGGAGCAGGAUUUACCGGUUUUUAGCCUCUUUUUUUUUUUGGGUAAAAACACGUGUAGCAAUGUUGUCGAAGGGAGCAGCUCUUCUCUUCGUGGUGUGCUCUGUGAUUCCCUUGGCGGUUGCCGCGGCGGUGUCGCCGGCGGCGGCCUGUAGAUCGUCUUUCUAUCCGAAGCUUUGCGUGGCCAUGCUCUCUCCGCUGCGGUCCAGGACGUCGAGCCAGUACGAGUACGGGAAGUACUCGGUGCGGCAGGCGCUGCGGCAGGUGCGGCGCACCGCCGCGCUGCUCGACGGUUAUCUCGCCGGCAGGCUGGGCGGCGCCAAGGCGCACCGCGGGGUCGGCGGCGGAGGGGCGUUGGGGGAUUGCCGCGAGCUGGCGGGGCUGAGCGCGGAGUACCUGGCGGAGGCGCAGGCGGAGCUGGGACGUAGGGCGGCGCGGCCGGACGCGGCCGCCGCCGGGCGGGUGCGAGCGCUCAUGAGCGCCGUGGUGACCAACCAGCAGACGUGCUACGACGGGCUGCUGGCGUCCCGGGACGGCAGCUUUCCCGAGCUGCAGGGCUCCCUCGCGAACGGGACGCAGCUCUACGGCGUCUCCCUCGGGCUCGUCAACACCGCGCUAGGUCGGAGCUCCGCCGCCGGAAACGCAGGGCCGUCGUCUUCCGGUGGUCAAACUUCACCGCCACCGGUCGCAUCACCGUCGACCUCCGGGCGGAGCCUCGUCGAAGAGCUCAGCCAGAUGGUGCCGGUAAAGCUAUCGCAGUCAGGGCUGAGGGUAGCCCAAGACGGGACUGGCGACUUCACUUCGAUCUCCGACGCCGUCGCCUUCGCCCCCAACGACACUGCCGCCGCCACCGCGGGGUACUUCGUCGUCUACAUAAGCGAAGGCAUUUACCACGAGAACGUGGUCGUCCCCAUGAACAAGAGGAAUCUAAUCUUGAUCGGGGCGGGCAUAAAUCGAACAGUGAUCACGUCGAAUCACAGCGUCGGCGAUGGGUGGACGACCUUCAACUCCGCUACAUUCGCGGUUAACGGGGAGAGGUUCAUCGCAGUCGGCAUCACCUUCGAGAACACGGCGGGGGCGGCGAAGUACCAGGCGGUGGCGGUACGGAACAGCGCCGACCUCACGAUCUUCUACCGCUGCAGCUUCCUCGGUUACCAGGACACUCUCUACGUGCACACCCUCCGCCAGUUCUACCGCGACUGCGACGUCUACGGCACCGUCGACUUCAUCUUCGGCAACGCCGCCGCCGUCUUCCAGAACUGCAAUCUCUACGCGCGCGUCCCUCUCCCGGGUCAAUCGAACGUCGUCACGGCGCAGGGCCGCACCAUGCCGGAGCAGGCCACCGGGAUAUCCAUCCACAACUGCACGGUGAGCGCCGUUCCCGAACUCGGCCGAGCCGCCAAGACCUUCCUAGGCCGCCCGUGGAAGGCCUACUCGCGCACGGUCUUCAUGCAGUCGUUUAUCGACGGCGCGGUGGACCCGGCGGGCUGGCUUGAGUGGAACGGCGCCUUGGCGCCCAGCACCAUCUACUACGGUGAGUUCCAGAACUACGGCACCGGCGCCGACACAGCCGGCCGGGUGAAGUGGCCUGGCUUCAGCCUCAUGAACUCCGACGACGCCUUAAACUUUACUCUCUUUAACUUCACCGCCACCGACGCAUGGCUGUCGUCUACAAGAAUUCCUUACAACAGUGGCCUCUUGUAGAGCGAUCAAUUCCUGUAAUCGAUGAAGAAAUUAGGAAUCUUGGAAUCGCCAUUUGACCGCCCAAUGUGGCUGUGAUUAAAUGUCUAUAAAUCUCUGGACAAAUCGAGCUCUGUUCUUAAUUUAUCUUUGCUCUUGUUUUUA